AUGCCAUCAUUCAUUAUCACUAAAUGUUUGAUUGCUUUAACAAUAAUUACAAUAUUAUCAAUUACUGAAACGGAUGCACAACAACAACAACAACAACAGCAACGACCAGGUUUUGGAGUUUUUGGAUCGUUCAACAACAACAUCGCAGGCAGCAACUCGUUGAACAAUAAUGCAAACCUAGGAGGUGGUGGUGGAGGUGCUGGAGCUGCUGGAGGUGCUGGAGCUGCUGGAGGUGCUGGAGCUGCUGGAGGUCCACCAAAUCCAUUUCAAGCUAUACUAAAUGCACUUCAACCUCAACAAAAUCAACAGAAUCCUUUUGCCACGAUUUCUGGUUUUGAUUCUGGUCUGCAAGGUUUUCUUCUAGGCAGCGCACUUGGUAGAGGCUUAUCAUCUCCUUAUCCAUACGGUUAUUAUCCAUAUUACAGUUGGUACGCGCCAUAUUAUUAUCGCUAUCCUUAUUAUUAUAAUUACUAUUAUCGUGGUUAA